CUCGAUAGCAGCGACAUGGCAAAUAGUUUUCAAAAUUGCCGCUGGCGCUGCCCUUUCCAAAUCACCGUGUUGACACGAUACUGAGUGACAAUGGCAGACGUUGAAAAGACAGCCAAACCCACCAGCAAAGCCACAAAGGCACCAGCAGCAGCAAAGCCUGAGAAGAAGGAGAAGGCACACACUAAAAGGGCACGUCGUCCGGCUCGCCUUUACGCCAAGGCCGUCUUCACAGGCUACAAGCGUGGCCUGAGGAAUCAGCAUGAAAAUCAAGUCAUCCUGAAGGUUGAAGGUUGCCGGAGGAAGGAGGAUGGUCGCUUCUACGUGGGAAAGCGCUGUGUGUACGUCUACAGGGCCAAGACGCGCAAGAGUCUGCCCCAGAGGCCAAAGGAAAAGACCAAGAUGCGUGCUGUUUGGGGCAAAGUGACACGAUUGCACGGAAACACUGGAUGCGUUCGUGCGAAAUUCCGCAGGAACCUUCCCGGACACGCCAUGGGACAUCGUAUCCGCAUUAUGCUGUACCCAUCCACAAUUUAAGUUGAUAAACUUAAGAAAAUAAUAAAUUUUCAAGAAUUGAAGAUAA